AACGUAAUUACGUGGUAUUUCACAACGCAACGUGUCCCUGUUCUGCUGACUGGGAAGCCCCUAGCACAGAGCUGCCAACGCCCGGCGUAAAGACAGAGGAUACGAUCUUGAAUGAGGAGUGAAGACUGUAAAAUACAGCUAUGCAGACCAUCAAGUGUGUUGUAGUUGGUGACGGUGCUGUGGGUAAAACAUGCCUGCUCAUUUCUUACACCACAAACAAGUUUCCCUCUGAAUACGUACCUACGGUGUUUGAUAACUAUGCUGUAACUGUAAUGAUUGGGGGUGAGCCUUACACCCUGGGCUUGUUUGAUACAGCAGGUCAGGAAGAUUACGACAGGUUACGACCACUGAGUUAUCCCCAGACAGACGUGUUUCUCGUCUGUUUCUCCGUCGUGUCCCCUUCCUCCUUUGAAAAUGUCAAAGAAAAGUGGGUUCCAGAGAUCACUCACCACUGUCCAAAGACCCCCUUCCUGCUAGUUGGCACUCAGAUUGACUUGCGGGAUGACCCUUCCACCAUAGAGAAGCUGGCCAAAAACAAGCAAAAACCCAUAACUCCAGAGACAGCUGAGAAGCUGGCGAGAGACCUCAAGGCUGUGAAAUAUGUGGAGUGCUCAGCCCUCACGCAGAAAGGCCUAAAGAAUGUGUUUGAUGAGGCGAUAUUGGCUGCAUUGGAGCCCCCAGAGCCCAAGAAGAAACGCAAAUGUGUGCUGCUAUAAGAGGCUCCUACCUUUUUCAAAGCACACACACAUAACACACACAUCUUAAAUACAUACACACAAAUACCCCUCUUCCCCUGCCCCCACCCCCUUUCCCUUGCUCUGCUAAGGCUGGUUUACAGCAUUGUCCUCCACAGAGAAGACUAUUAACGGCAACAGCCUACCAAGUUUUAAAUAAAUCUCUGCAAUAAUAAGA